CAACAAAUCUCUUUAGGUUGUGUGAUUUUGAGCGGGAUUCUGAUUUUAUGGAAGACUGCGUUUCAGAUUCACAUCAGAAAUGUAAGAUUAAAAAACAUGACUAUUAUUUCUAAAAAACACGCUAUUGUAGCAGUUGAAUUGCAGGUUGUUAAGAAAUUAUUAUUAAUCACGAUUUUAAGAAAACACACUAUCAUUAAAUAAAUCACCAGUGUGUUGUGACUGUUAUUUUUUUCUGUUUGAGAUGAUGAAUGAAGUGGAACCUUUGUCUUUUAUUCUUUUACUUGACUGCUGCUGCAUUUUAAGAUUCAAAUAAGAUGACACAAGUUUUAUGGUUUCUUUAGUUCUUUGCUCUUUCUUUUUUGGGGUUUGGGGUUGGGUGAAUAACAUUAAAAUUUACAAAUCAUAAUCCAUUCCUUCAGUCAUCUUUUCAUUUGUUUUUUUUUUUUUAAUGAAAACACUAUCAUAACAUUGGUAUGGCGUAAACCACACAGCACCGUAUAGAAGAAACUAAUUUCUAUCAACUAUUUCCUAGCAGACAAAAUAUCGUAUUAGUAGCGGGAUUUCAUUCUUUGGAUGCAUCUGCCGUUAUCACCCACAAAUUCAGGGAUGUUUUGGGGGGUUGUUUGGUUACUCCACGGCUUUUUCAGUGAAAGCAGGAGACCGUCACCAGAAUAUCUUCGGACGUCGAGAGGAAUUUCCGAGGUACUGUAUUCAGGUGUGAAACAGGUGAUGUAUCCAGCUAUCCAGUGGGUUCAGAGUGAAGUCGCUCUUGCUUCAGUGUGUGAUCGUUUACUUAGCGGGUGAACAAAGUAACAUUAGAUCUGCCGAAAAGAUCCCCAAGGCUGCGUGGUUUUGUUUUUUGCAGCCCCUUUCACAGGGUCCAAGCGGGCAAGUCCCGGCGUGCUGAGGACUCAAGCCAUCGCUCCUAUUAUCAUUGGGAGUGAAACCUGGCUUUGCCAACGGGUCGAAGUCGGGCCAGGGGAGCGUUAACGACAGCAGGCACAAGCCGUUUCUUCCCGCGGGCAAAACCUGAAGCCCUGCAUCAGGGUAACCAGGUAACCAGGUGUGUUGGUGGCUCACCUUGUAAACGGCAGGCUUGCCAAGAGAGACGCCGUGGGAUCGCUGCUUGAGCCGUGACGUUAACAGGACCCUGAGGUCACGAUCCCGACGAGCAGCCCCGAACACCCAUGUCCUCCCCGGCAGAAACAGAUACUCGGAGAGCGGACACAGACGCAGGUGCAGCUCCCGCCGGGCUUUCUGAAGAUCCAGGUGUGUUUAAGAAAGCUCCCGGAGGCCGCAGGCUAGACCACCGUUGGGCUCCGGACCGCCUUGGAGAGUCCCCUUCCAGAGGAAACCGGAGCCCCGGCCCGUUGCUCCCUGGACCGUCGAGCCAGGUGUUCCCAGACUGGGAGGACACGCGGGCCGGAGAGGUGCCGCCUCGGCGCUCAAUGCAGCGCACCCACUCGCUGAGUGAGAGGCUGGAAAAGGCCGGGGUGGCCGGGAGCGUCCCGGAACGCUCUCGCAGCCUCGGCAACGUGGCGGGAGGAGGACGUCGAAAUAAGGACAAGUACUGUGGAGACGUGGUGGAAGACCUGAUUGGCGAUGAGCUCCUCUUCAAACCGCUGGGGAACCCGUCACCCCGCCGAGAACUGGCCGGGUCCCCACCCGGUGCCUCAGGUGUCGAAGCUUGCACGCCCCUGGAAGAAAGAGGUGGCAGCCCUCUGGUGGGUGACUCCAGCCCCAGCAACAGCCUGAAGCAGCUGCUGAGCUCCCAGAUUGAGAACGCGGCCUCGUUCCUCCCCCGGGCUCCAGCGGACCAAGGGGCGCUGGGAUCCCAGCCCACAAACUGGGUCACCACAGUCUACACAGCUGGGUCCACACACAGCUGCUCCUCGGGCAGCGUGACAGAGUCCGAGACUCGCUUGCUGAGCCACAGCCAGAGGAGGGAGUCUGCAGAGGAGACCGGUUCUGGCCAUGAACCUCAGGACACAGUCUGGCUGCUUCAGGACAUGCUGGCCCAGCGGCAGAAGGAGAUAACCCAGCUGAGAGAGUUCAGACGGUCUGUGUUCCCCCAGGAGAAGAAGGCGCUUGAGGAGCAGGUCAGGGGCAGGGAGAGUGAGCGAGACCAGCUGGCCUUUAACCCCACAGCUCCACCCAUAUUGCAGCGACAGAUCGCUGAUCUGAAGAGCCAUAUCAAUGACUUGCAAGAGGCCAAUGAGAAUGCAGUCCAUGAGCUGGCCAGAGCAGAUGAGGAGAUCUCCCAGAUGAAGAGUGAGAUGGCCAAGAUGAAGUUCGAGUAUGAAGACCGGCUUCAGGACGCCCUGCAAAAACUGGCCAGCACCAGGACCCACACCUCUGUUCAACACUGGAGGACAAGCGACAGGCAGCCCCGACAGCCCAGUUGCCAUGGAGACAGCCUGGACCCCGGCGGAGAGGUCUUUCGGCUCCGCUGUGAGUCUCGGAAGCUGCGAGAGACCAAUCACGGGCUGAGUGAGGAGAACCGCUGGCUGAAGGAGGAACUCUGGGAUAUGAGGAGGCAGCAUGAGCAGCUCCUGAGAACCAUUAUGGGCGGCGAGAAGGACACCAGAGAGAGGGGAGUGCAGCACAGGCUUGAACACAGUACGGGGCUCAAAGGUGGCCUGAGUACAGUGACAGGACAGCCGGCCCGGCCCACAGACCUGCCCUCUCCACCACAGCGCAGGAAGGGAGGUGUGAAGUGGGAAAGCAUGAACGGGCGCGGUGAGGGCCAGAUCCUGUCCUGGGAAGCCCGCGAGAGGCGGCAGCCCAGGGACAGCAGUUCUCCCGCCUCCCUGGACAGCGACAGCACCGACUUCCUCCUGGCUGGCUUCAACAGGAACUCCUCCUCCUCCAGACAGGUAGCCUUUAAAGAGGUCCUACAGAGGCAGAUUGCAGAUCGAUCGGACGGCGCCCUGCAGCCCCCCCUCUCCCGGCAUGGCCCUGCAGUGCCAGGAGUGCAGCCUGCCGGAGACUGGCACACAGGCAGCUCUUACCCGCCACAGCGCAGAGCCCGGGCAGACACGGACGCAGAGCACAGACGACCAGGAGCCACAUCGGAUGACUCUGAUGCCCAGAGUGAUGACGACAUGUGCUCCAUUAGUCAGACAAAUACCCACCUCCAGUCUUCUCUGGCCUGCAAAACUGUGGCGAGUUCACUGGCCAAUGGGCACUCCACAGCUGACUGGGACAGACCGGCCCUCGGCAGUCAGGGCAGGAGCAGAGCCCAGCAGGGGGCGCCGGUCCUGCCCCGGCGGCCCUUCGCCCCGCGCGGGGUGGCGGACCUGAAGGUGGGGCACCUGGUGAAGUUCUCCCGGCCCGGAGGGAGAAUCAGCCAGGGCACCGUGAGGUACGUCGGAAACCUGCCCGGCCGGCAGGACGUCUACCUGGGAGUGGAGCUGGAGGGCGGCGAGGUGGGCAGACACAACGGCACCUUCGAGGGAGUUCGCUAUUACCUGUGCAAACCCGACAAGGGCGUGUUUGUGAGUUUCAGCAAAGUGAUCAUGGCUUGGGAGUGAAGAGAAGACCUCCGCGCCAGCCUCCGCUCGUGGCUGGCCUUUCACGUGGACCUGCAGAAGGGUCUGACCCAUUUUAAGCCAAGUUGUCUCCAACAGGACCCCGAUAAAGCCUUUUCUGCCUUGUCUCCUGCCCCCUCUUAUUUGUAAUUAUCCUACUUGGAUUUACUGUAAAAGUACUCUUAAGUGUUUAUAUUUUACUUUCAAAUGUGUUAUUAACUUUUAAAUAUCUGAGAUAUCAGUUCCCCAGCGAUACACCUUACAGUCUGGCACAAUACCAAAAUAGUGUCAGAAUAAUCUAGGCUUCUGUAAAGUGCGGUUAUUUAAAGUCACCUUACAUACUUAAGAGGAUUUUAUACAUGACAUGUCAAGACUGCAAUCUGUUACAUGUAAACAUGGAGAAUACAAAUCUCUCAAGUGCAAUUCAUUAACUUUUGAGAAUGCACCGCAAAACCUUUUGAGAUGUAUGAUGUUAUUGAAUUAUUUUAACUGACCCCAGAACAGUGUAAAGGGCUCCCCUAAUCCCCUAAAUACUGGAGGUUGUGAACAAACGUCAGUUUGACCUACUUGGCUGGACUGUUGCAUUAAAUUUAAAUUCAACAACACAUACACAUUAAAGUUCCUAGUUUAGACGGUUAGAAAAAUCAGUCUUUUGGAGAAAUGGAAUAGUUAUGACCACAAAAAAGAUUGUGGCAGUUUGAAAUAGAACUACUAAAGCUUAACUGAAAAAAACAAACAAAACUAGGUCCGUUAUUUCCCUCUGAAACCAUUUGCUUGGCUAUCUUAAAUACAUUUAUUAUGGUGAGGGUAGCUUGAUAAUUGAAAUCAUGUUUUUAUUUUCCAAGAAAGACAGGAAUACAUUUUAAACUGGCAAGGAAAUAGGUUUGUGAUCAUGUUUUUUUAUAUUUAGGUGAUGGACCAUUUUGUAAACGGUAUUUUAUACAUUACAAAAUAAAUAUUGUGGGAUAAAUAUCUGGCUCCGUUGCUGACCCUGCUUACUACAGAGGACUUGAUUACCUUUAAGCCAGUUACAGUAAUCUCAGGGAAGAACAUUAUUAGAACUGUCUUUGCCGCUUCUUUUAAAACAAAUAUUAAAUAAAUCAGGUGGGGCGCUGCGUCAGCAUGCAUAGGCUGCAAAGGAACAAGUAAUAGGUUUAUUCCCUGCUGAAAAGAGGAGCCUGGAGCCUUCUCACACCUGCAGAAGGCUCCACGGCUGAAACGUUGUGUUUUCUUUACUUGUUCCUUACUUGUUUACUUGUGACUUCGCCCUAUCACUCUGUACAAAAAAAGGCUAGAACUUCUCAAUACUUAAAAGAGGGACAUGAAAAGCAGGGCACUGAUGCUCUCGACUAAAAAAAGAUUCAAAAUUCCUGAUAACGCAACAUAACAAGCCACAGCUUGGUCAUCACUGAAUUUGCAGGGAAAGUGAGCUUCACCUGAGACACCUUACUGGAACCUGGGCUACUUUGCUGUGUUUGACACAUGGGGAUCAUAGCAGAUCCUGUUUGUUCAAAAAUAAAUAAAGUCAACUAAGAGGAAAUUUGGACAAAUAAUUCCAAGUAAAUUGAUCUCAAUGAAAUGGUCACAUGAGGCCUUGCAUUUCAAAUGUUCAGCUCGUAUUUUUUUCUCAUGCUAGUAUUU